AUGAUAUAUUUUGCACGACUUUUUGCUAUUAAUAAAUAUGGCAGAGUUCAAAGCGUUAAAUUGCUUCCGGGUAGCAAUGGCAGUAUUUGUGCAGCGGUUGCGUUCAUGGAUAUUAAAAGCGCAUCAAAAGCACAUAACUGCGAGCACACACUCGAUGAACAUUCGCUAAGUACGGAAUAUUACGAACCUGGGCCUUAUACAUCUUCCCAACAAAGGUUUCCCAUCGGGUAA